UUUUUAAAAUAUUCUGAUUAUGUCUUACGAUUUUCUUUUUAAAUAUAUCAUCAUAGGAGACUCAGGUAAUACAUUAGAUUUAAAAAAGGUGUUGGAAAAUCCUGCCUUUUGCUUCAAUUAUUAGAUAAAAGGUUCCGAUAGAAGCAUGAAGUUACAAUUGGAGUAGAAUUCGGUGCUAAGCCCAUAGAGGUUGAUGAUCUGAACAUAAAGUUGCAAGUGUGGGACACUGCAGGACAAGAGGCAUUCAAAAGCAUUACUCGAACUUAUUACAGAUCAGCUGCUGGUGCUUUAAUUGUUUAUGAUGUCACAAAGUAUAUUAUUAAAUUUCUAUUAUUACAGACGGGAAUCCUUUAACAGUGUUUAAACCUGGAUUGAAGAGGCUAGGCAGAACGGAAACUAGACAAUGAGCAUGAUUUUGGUUGGCAAUAAAACUGAUCUAGAGUCAAUGAGAGAGGUAACCACAGAAGAAGGAAAGCAGUUGGCUAAGCAAUAAAAUAUAUUGUUUAUUGAGGCAAGUGCAAAGACAGGAGAUCAUAUUGAUGAUGCAUUUAUUAUUAGUGCUAAAGAGAUCAUCCAAAAAUUAAAAAGCAAAUAAAUUGAUUUGCGUGAUGAAGUAUAUAAUAAUUAUAAUAAAUAACUAGAAUUGUGGUAUUAAGAAGGGAGCAAAUACUCAAAACAAAAAUACACUUCAAAAUUCAGAUGACGAUAAAAAAUAACUAAAUAGUUGUUGUUGAGUUAUAUCAAUUUCAUUAGUUUCUAAAC